AGUAUUCUAAAUAACAUGUAGGCCUAUACACUAGUGAAAUGGAUUUACAAAUAAUUUUCUAACGGUCGUGUUAUAUGGUUUAUCUUUCGGGGAUAGUAGCACUUUAAAUGUUACGCAAAUUGAUAAUGAAAUAGGGAAUUAGAUAGAAACACCCCUAAAAAAACAAAGGAAUAUCCAUUUCGAAAUUUUAGAAAUAUUUAAACGUGUGUCUUAGUUUAUUGUGUGUUGUUUGCCUUAGACUCUGUGGCAGUUUUUAAUUGAUUUAAUUUAUAUAUGAAGCAGUUAUAAGGAAAUAGAGAAUUCUAUAAGGUGAAGCCAAAAUGAUUUGGGAAAUUCUGCCGAUCUUGGCAUCACUUUGUUUCCAAGGAUAUGAGUCACUUCGUUUUUCCUCCUACCGAAGUUAUUCAAGUUAUCGGAGUUAUCGGAGUUAUUCAGGUUACAGAUCUUAUUAUAAUUACUACUACUAUGGGAAUUACUACUAUAGUUCAGGCAGUUUUGUUGGUGGAAUCGUUAGUGGAAUCAUCAUCCUGAUAGUUCUGGUUGUUAUAGCAGUAAUAUGGUGCUGUAAGAAAACUCAGGGUCGAGUUGGAACAGUUAUCGUCCCUGCUAAAACCGGCACCGUCAGUUAUAUAUCUAGCCAACAGACAGUGACUCACCAAACACAGCAACGGCCAGGAGGAUAUGGGCCCCCACCGACAGGUUUCGCGCCAACACCAAACAGUUAUGCUCCACCACCGUCAAGUUUCGCGCCACCUCCGACAGGAUUCGCGCCACCACCGACAGGCUACGCGGCACCACCAACAGAUUUCGAUCUAUAUAAUAACAAACAACCUGGUACUUCAACAGAACAACCGGGAGCACCACCGUCCUAUGAAAGUGCAACAAGUACCAACAAUCUGUCCAAACCCCAACCAGAAGUUACAAAGAACUCCAGUUAAAACAGAACAGCGACAUACACCUAUCCGUCGAACAAACUGAUGUUAUUACAUCAAAGAGACACAAAAUCCUUAACAAUACAAUAUGCAAAUUUUUCAUUAAAAACGUUGUAAUCU